AUGUCUCUGAAUAUGUCACUGUUUUACGUCUUCACACACUCAUUCGAUUUACCAGACGAGUACAAGUGUCCAGAAAAUUUAACGGUUUCCAUUGUGCCUAGCCCACUGUUGGGAUCUUAUUUUCUUGCUAGCGGAAUAGUUUUUAUUACUCUAUAUGUUCCAUGCUUCCUCGCAAUUUUGAAGCUUAAUUUGAAAAUUCCUGUCUACCAACUUAUGCUGAUUCUCUCAAUUUUUGACAUAGCAGCGCUGAGCCUGAACACAGUCACAACUGGAAUCCUUCGCAUACUAGGAAUAUCGUUUUGCAAAUAUCCGCUCCCAAUAUUCAUUUAUGGAGCAGUUGGUCAAGCUUGCUCGAUGAGUGGAAGUGCGUGCUCAAUUCUCCUGGCAGUUGAAAGAUGCGUGGAAAUUAAUCCAAAGUUUCCAUUAGAAAUAGUCUUCCGAAAGCGAGUGUUUCCUUUUGUAUUAAUAGCACUAAUCUUAUACAGUUUUUGGUUUUUUUUGUUUGUUAAACCGGUCGUGUUUUCGGUUAAAUAUAGCUGUUGGAUGUUUAACCCGUUGGUCGGAAAAGACCGAGAACUCUACGUCAAUAAUCCCGAUACCAUUAACAACAUUAUUUUAGUUAUUUGCUCAUCAACACUAUAUAUUUAUCUCUCUUACAACUUACUGUUCAAAUUCGGCUAUUCCACUUCGACUUGGCUUUAUAAAACAAAACUCAUCUCCCAAUCAAUAAUUCUUUGUGUAUUCCAUGCAGUAGCUGCAGGAAUUUAUUUGUUCAUGAGGUUUAUCUAUUAUACACCAACGUUGAUCAUCCUCAGUCAUAUCAUAUGGGGAUGGAGCAGUGGAUGCAUGUGCAUUGCCUAUCUAACAUUCAAUAGAACAAUUCGAAAUUUGGUUAUAAAAAUUAUAAUACCUAAAUCGUUUCGAAUGAGCUAUGGGCUUCAUGUUGAUUUUAAAGAGCACUUGGAAAAAACGGAGGCAGCACACACUGUUGGUUCCGGAAUCGUGAUUGCCGGUGGAUGUGUCAUCAAAGUGAAUAAUUUCAUGACUUUCGACUAG